AUGACUGACUUCACUAUUUUAAAGAACAUGCUCUCCUCUGAGAAGCAGGUGCUUGAGCCAGGCUCGGUAGGAUAUUCGAAAGCUGUAUUCAUUGGAAACUUGAACUACCGAAUGACCAUGCCCAGCAUCGUCGUAGUAGCCAACUCUAUCGAAGACGUUCAAGCUACUGUCACUUUCUCCGUGCAGAACAAAGUCCGUUUGACAGUCAAGAAUGGUGGGCACUCUUACAUGGGGUAUUGUCUGAACCAAGGCGGAAUCGUGCUUGAUCUCAGCGGCAUGAAAGGCUGUUACAUUGACCCGGACAAAAUGACGAUUACGAUGGCAGGCGGUAUGAUUUGGAAGGAAGCAUACUACAAGUACCUCAAAGACCCGUCUUUCAUUGUCAUCGGUGGACAAUGUCCAAACGUCGGUGUGAGCGGAUUCACCCUGGGAGGCGGUCUCAGCCCUUUUUCUCGCAGCUACGGACUUGCCUGCGAUAAUUUGCUCGAGAUGACGAUCGUCACUUGGGAGGGCAAAAUUGUGACUGUAUCCCGAGAUGAGCAAGAUGAGAAGAAGCGGGAUCUGUUUUGGGCCUUGUCCGGCGGCGGAGGGGGUAAUUUCGGUGUGACAGUCAGCAUAACGAGUAAAAUGCACAGACUCAAGGACAAGGACGGAAUUGUUGUCUGCGGCGACUUGUCCUGGGACCUUCCGCAGCAAAAGGAAAGCUUCGACAACAUGAUGGAAGUGUUCAACACCACCAAGUGUCCCGACGAGCUGACAAUCGACGCACUCUGGAACCACGGAAAGAACAAACAACUCAGUGGCGGCAUGACGGUUAUCUACAAUGGAAGUUGGGACGCGGCCCAAAAGGCCCUAAAACCAUUGCUUGACUUCCAGCCGAAAGAGAACACUUUAAAGCCUAUGAAGUGGUCUGAUUGGGUUCACUUCAGCGAGGGUUGGGAUCCAUUCAGUCAAGUCUACCAUCACCAUGCAUCCUUCAUAUUCGCUGAAGGGGCAAUCACGCGGCAGGUCAGCAGCGUGAUAUAUGAUUCAUUGGUCGAGGCUGUGAAACGACUGGAUAUCACGGACAACAACGGAGAUAAUGACCCCAAGUGUCAUAUCCUGUGGGACCACAUUGGAGCUGCUACGACCAGAAUUGGACCACAGGACACGGCCUUUUACUGGCGACAAGGCCAUUACGUGUCAACAGUGAAAGUACAGUGGACCGAUCCAGCACAAGGACCAAAGAUGAUGGACUUCAUCGCCAGCUGCCAAGCAAAGUUACUGCCUCUUGCAAUCGAGCAGAAGGCAGCUUACCUCAACUACAUCGACGGCACCAUUCCCAACUGGCAGGAGGCAUACUAUGGUCAAAAUUACCCCCGCCUUCAGAAAGUCAAAACAAUGUGGGAUCCUCAAAAUGUCUUUUGGAAUUGGCAGAGUAUCCAGCCACUUGCUGAUGGUAUAAACGCUAUGCCCAUACAUGCGGUCCUUCCUGUUCCUAGCCAAUCAGAAAUCUUGGAGCUGCCUCAGCUUCGGAAGGUCGCAAGGUGGUGGGGAAAAUGCGCGCCCUUGGUCACGCCGGAUGUCUUGGGCUCACCUAGCACAGAGGAAGAUGUUUAUGAAAGAGAUGCCGAGAUUCGGAGGGAAGUUCUCCAAGGUUGA